AUGCUGGCUGGUGGUUUCCUAGUCGACUACCCAGUAAUAAGAUGCCACAACUUCAACCCAUGGUCGCCUGUUCGUGACAGUCAUGGAUCUUCGGCGAGUGAAGACCAAUCGCAAAAUGCAGAUGCGGCAGAGCAGAAGAAGCCCAAAGGCUCCGUUUUCAUUCGUGUCCUGGCCAAUAUCAAGGUCGCCCUCUUCCACAGCUGGGUCAAUGUCCUCCUAGUUUUUGUUCCUGUAGGCAUCGCCAUCCACUUUGCCGGAGUCAACCAGAAUGUGGUCUUUGCCAUCAACGCAAUUGCCAUUAUCCCCUUGGCUGGCCUUCUUACGUUCGCUACCGAAAGCGUUGCGCAUCGGCUGGGGCCUACUUUAGGUGCUCUCCUGAAUAAUGCAGUAUGCGUCCCUUAUCGGCUCCCUUCUCGCCAACCUUCUUCUGAUAUUGGGUAUGGUCUUUUUGAUCGGAGGCGAGCGUUCCAGGAGCAGAUUUACGACAGUACUGUAACUCAGAUGUCGGCUUGCCUGCUGGCGCUGGCAGUCCUCAGCUUGCUGAUUCCGACCGCCUUCCACGCGUCUUUCAGUGACCUCGAAAAAGCUGACCACGCAGUCAUCAAACUCAGCCGAGGAAGUUCCGUAAUUCUUCUCAUCAUCUACGUUCUUUAUCUGCUCUUCCAACUAAAGUCCCACGCAUAUCUUUACCAAGGAACACCGCAACAUAUAAUCGACGAGGAAGCUACCCCAGGUGUCCUUCAGCGUCUCGACUCCACAACCUCUUCACCCGCCAGCUCUUCAAGAUCGUCUGCUACGAGUGCCGGCUCCCAUCGGCGUGUGAGCAAGAGACUGAGGGCAAAGCUAGACAGGAGGAGGGAGGUGAAGACUGGGGUUGAAAAUGACGCGGACUCUGAAGAAGCUGUCGUGAAGCUGGGUCAGAACGUGACUGACGACCAGGGAGAAAAGACAGUGGAGGCACAAGAGACCAAGUCGCGGGAUGCGUCAAUGGAAGGCAUGCCACCCAACCCUCCAGCAGCUUCAGCAAAGGACAAGAAACCAAAUAUAGGGCCUCGCGGGCUCUCUUUCCGCCCCCCACCAGUUUUCCGAUCGUCGACACAUCCUUCCCCCAGGGGCAAAGAAGCAAAAUAUCUUUCUCAUCCACUUAGACAUUAUCAGUCAGCGCCCGAUCAGCAAAGCCAAAGUCCGGGGGCUGCGCGGAUCGUUCGUCGCUCUUCACCAACAAAUUCACCCGCACAAGAAGACGCUCCGCCCAUGAGUCAAACAGCAUCGAUCAUUCUCCUACUAGCCUCUACCGGUCUUGUCGCGCUGUGCGCAGAGUUCCUUGUUGGAAGUAUCGAGCAUUUGGUGGAAGAUUCCCCGUUGUCGGAAGCGUUUAUUGGUCUAAUCAUCCUGCCCAUCGUCGGCAAUGCUGCCGAGCAUGUCACGGCUGUUACGGUCGCCGCCAAGAACAAGCUUGACCUUGCUUUGGGCGUGUCGCUCGGAUCUUCCAUUCAAAUUGCGCUCUUCGUCACUCCAUUCGUAGUCAUUCUGGGGUGGAUCAUGGAUAAGGACAUGUCUCUCUACUUCAGCUUGUUUGAGACCGGCUCUUUGUUUGUCUCCACCUUCAUUGUCAACUUCCUGGUCCUAGAUGGGCGAAGCAACUAUUUGGAGGGUGCACUGUUGUGUGCAUGUUAUGUGAUCGUUGCUGUUGGAGCAUAUUUCUUUCCCGAUGGACAGGACCAAAGUUCCCUCACAAGCGGGCCCUCGAAUUGA